UAUUCUUGCGGGUGGGAAGGCGACCCCUCACGCGGCAAGCGGAGGAGUAGUAGCUCCCCCCUCAUUCAGACGGGAAGUUUAUUCCGGGACCUCGCGUGUUCUGUAAGUGAACAUUAUUUAAUUCAAGAUGGCCCGCUGGUUAUUUCCUCUCGUCUGUUUCUGGAGCUUCUGCCCGAAUGAAUCAGGCUUCAGCAAACGAAAACACUGCGAAGCCAUUGCGAGGUGGUUCUAGUAGCAGCAUUCAAAUCGGUAGAACGUUCCGACCAGACUUUUCCUGGUGAUUGCGCCUGGGACGAAGACACAUCUCAGAACUCCAUACGGGAGUCGUCCUUCUUUCAGAUAGAGACCACCGCCACCGGCGCCUCACAGGCUGACCAUUCUUGUCUGUCUGAAAACCAUUACACACAUAUCCAAGUCGACACCCUCUUCUCCUGGCCUGCACGCCCAACAUGCGAGCUCUGCGCUACUACGCCCCGCAGGACCUGCGUCUCGACACCGACGUGCCCGAGCCGCAGUGCCAGCCGCACCAGAUCAAGGUGCGCCCGGCGUACAUUGGCAUCUGCGGGACCGACCUGCACGAGUACCACCACGCGCAGAACUUGAUCCCGCUGCCCGGAAACCCGCACCCGCUGACGGGCGACACGCCGCCCGUCGUCAUCGGGCACGAGUUCUCCGGGAUAGUGGUCGAGGUCGGCGACAAGGUGGGCGCUUUUGGCAACGGGACCGCUGGGGAAAUGAUCAGGCCCGGUGACCGGGUGGCCGUGCAGCCGACGCUUUAUUGUCGCGAGUGUGUGCCGUGCAGGCAGGGCCACACGAACUGUUGCACGCGCAAUGGGUUCCUGGGGCUGAGCGGGCGGGGAGGCGGGCUUGCGGACUAUGUGUGUGCGGAUGCGGACGCCGUGUUCAAGUUGCCGGACUCUGUGCCGCUCGAGGUUGGUGCCCUCGUCGAGCCUCUGACAGUAGCAUGGCACGCUAUCUCCAUCUCCAACAUCAAGCCCGGCGACAACGUCCUCGUGCUUGGCACAGGCCCGAUCGGCCUCGCCGUGAUCCAGUGCCUCCCGUCCUUCGGCGUGGGCAAGAUCAUUGCCGCAGAGAUGGCGGGCGAGCGGCAGGUCUUUGCGCAGAAGUAUGGCGCGACGCACCUCAUCGACCCCGCAAAGGAAGAUGUGGUGGCCAGGUGCCUCGAGUUCGGCGGCGGGUACGGCCCCGAGAUCGCCUUUGACUGUGCGGGCGUGGAGAAGAGCCUGGACGCGGCGACGAGAGCGGUCAGGGCGAAAGGGACCGUGGUGAACCUGGCCAUCUGGCAUGGCAAGGUCGGGUUUGACCCGAACUCGCUGGUGUUUCACGAGAAGAAUUACAAAGGAUCACUGUGCUUCCUUCCGAGCGACUUUGGCAAGGUCAUUGAGGCUCUGGAAAAAGGCACCAUCAAGCCUCAGGAAAUGAUUACCCGCAAGAUUGCGCUGGACCGGGUUGUCGAGGACGGCUUCGAGGCGUUGAUCCACGAGAAGGACAAGCACGUCAAGAUCAUGAUUGACAUGGGCAUAGGGGAGAAGUGAGCGGUUCACAAGCAUGUGGAAAUUGGUAGGCGUUGUAGUAGAGGGAGGGGUGGGCAGGCGUGGUGUGGUUGAAUUCUUGUUCACUCCGUGUGAUCAAGGGAGGAAUGGUUUUACUUUUCCAGGGCGAACUGAUUCUUUGCCCAUAUGGCGAAGAAAUUAUGUGACACUAAAAUGUAGAGAGCGGCCGAUGAGCAGCUUUUGAUGGCUCGAAGGACGAGUGCACUCAAAGGAUGCAUACAACACCUUCGUGGCGAUCAUACGCUCUGCUGUGAGGAACAAGAAUGUCCGAUCUUAGUCAAACAUAAUCACAAUCCCGCGGUUGCAGCUAAGCCGCAUCCGACAGCUGGC